CUAUAAAUAAGCUUGAUUCCCGUUGCUUCCAACUCGCGCCUUCUCUCUUUGUGGCUCCUCCAUUAUCGUCUCUUUAUCUCUUUACCUCUCGCAUUCCUUUCUGUUUCUUUCUCCGAGGGGAGCCUCUGUCGGUGUUCCACAUCCUCAAGAACAAUGGCAUCUCACAUCGUUGGAUAUCCUCGUAUGGGCCCCAAGAGGGAGCUCAAGUUUGCGCUUGAAUCAUUUUGGGAUGGGAAGAGCUCCGCGGAGGAUUUGAAGAAGGUGGCUGCAGAUCUGAGGUCGUCCAUCUGGAAAAAGAUGUCUGGUGCAGGGAUCAAAUACAUUCCCAGCAACACUUUUUCAUACUAUGAUCAGGUGUUGGAUACCACUGCAUUGCUUGGGGCCGUUCCUCCUAGAUACGGUUGGGCUGGUGGUGAGAUUGGUUUCGAUACCUACUUCUCCAUGGCCAGAGGAAAUGCAUCUGUACCAGCUAUGGAAAUGACCAAAUGGUUUGACACAAACUACCACUUCAUUGUCCCUGAGCUAGGACCAGAGGUGAAAUUCUCUUAUGCUUCCCAUAAGGCAGUGGAUGAGUACAAAGAAGCCAAGGCUCUUGGAGUAGACACUGUUCCAGUUCUUGUUGGUCCCGUGUCAUACUUGUUGCUCUCUAAGCCUGCAAAGGGUGUUGACAAGACCUUCUCCCUUCUCUCCCUUCUUGACAAGAUCCUCCCUAUCUACAAGGAGGUUAUUUCUGAUCUUAAAGCGGCUGGCGCUUCUUGGAUUCAGUUUGAUGAGCCUACACUGGUGUUGGAUCUUGAUUCUCAGAAAUUGAAAGCCUUCUCUGAUGCGUAUGCUGGACUUGAGUCAGCUCUCUCUGGCUUGAAUGUUCUUGUGGAGACAUAUUUUGCUGAUGUCCCUGCUGAGGCAUACAAGAUCCUUUCUUCUUUGAAGGGUGUCACUGCCUAUGGAUUUGAUUUGGUUCGUGGAACUAAGACACUUGAUUUGAUCAAGGGUGAUUUCCCCAAGGGAAAAUACCUUUUUGCUGGACUCGUUGAUGGAAGGAACAUUUGGGCCAAUGAUCUUGCUGCUUCAGUUAGCACAUUGGAGGAACUGGCUGCCGUUGUGGGUAAAGAUAAACUUGUUGUCUCCACCUCCUGCUCACUACUUCACACCGCUGUUGACCUCGUCAACGAAACUAAGUUGGACAAUGAAAUCAAAUCAUGGCUAGCUUUUGCUGCUCAAAAGAUUGUUGAAGUUAAUGCAUUGGCAAAGGCCUUGGCUGGUGAAAAGGAUGAGGCAUUCUUUGCCGCUAACGCCGGAGCUCAUGCUUCAAGGAAAUCGUCCCCAAGGGUGACCAAUGAGGCUGUUCAGAAAGCGGCUGCUGCUUUGAAGGACUCUGAUCACCGCCGUGCUACAAAUGUUAGUGCAAGACUUGAUGCUCAACAGAAGAAGCUUAAUCUUCCAAUCCUUCCAACCACCACCAUUGGUUCCUUCCCUCAAACUGUUGAACUCAGGAGGGUUCGUCGUGAAUACAAAGCUAACAAGAUCUCCGAGGAGGAAUAUGUGAAGGCUAUUAAGGAGGAAAUCAGCAAGGUUGUCAAGCUCCAAGAAGAGCUCGACAUUGACGUCCUGGUUCAUGGAGAGCCCGAGAGAAACGAUAUGGUUGAAUACUUUGGGGAGCAGCUGUCAGGUUUUGCAUUCACCGUCAAUGGUUGGGUGCAAUCAUAUGGAUCUCGUUGCGUGAAGCCUCCAAUCAUCUACGGUGAUGUGAGCCGCCCAAAGGCCAUGACUGUCUUCUGGUCUACCGCAGCUCAGAGCAUGACAGCCCGCCCAAUGAAGGGAAUGCUCACCGGCCCUGUCACCAUUCUCAACUGGUCCUUCGUUAGAGUCGACCAGCCAAGGUUCGAAACAUGCUAUCAGAUUGCCUUGGCCAUCAAGGACGAGGUCGAGGAUCUCGAGAAGGCUGGCAUUAAUGUCAUCCAAAUCGAUGAAGCUGCUUUAAGAGAAGGAUUGCCUCUUAGGAAGUCUGAGCAUGCUUUCUAUUUGGAUUGGUCUGUUCACUCUUUCCGUAUCACAAACUGUGGUGUCCAAGACACGACUCAGAUUCACACUCACAUGUGCUACUCCAACUUCAACGACAUCAUCCAAUCCAUCAUCGAUAUGGAUGCCGAUGUGAUCACAAUUGAGAACUCUCGCUCCGACGAGAAGCUCUUGUCAGUUUUCCGUGAGGGAGUGAAGUACGGUGCUGGAAUUGGCCCCGGUGUGUACGACAUUCACUCUCCCAGAAUUCCAUCAACCGAAGAGAUUGCAGACCGGAUCAACAAGAUGCUUGCAGUGCUCGAGACCAACAUCUUAUGGGUCAAUCCCGACUGCGGUCUCAAAACUCGCAAGUACGCCGAGGUGAAUCCUGCUCUUAAGAACAUGGUAGCUGCCGCCAAGCUCCUCCGUACUCAGCUUGCCAGCACCAAAUGAAUUGGCUGAGUUUUAUGAAGAUUGAAGCACCUUUUAUCUUUCCCUUAUUUCCAGAUAUCCAGAAAGAAAUAUAUGCCUGUUUGUUCUCCAAUAACUGAGUCCCCGACAUAUUUUAGUAGCUGUAGUUCCACUUUUGAGCAUUUUUUUUUUUCACAAAAAUUUGCUUUCCAGUAUUGGUUUUGAUUUGAAGGUGUAGCUUUGUUCGUUCUUUUUCAAAAGGCACCAAACUGCAAUUUUUAUCGAAGUGAAAUGAAAAAGAAGACAGCAUUGCCAGUUUGUGC